GAUUAAACUAAAUUUGGAACAUGGGAGCGUCUCAUUAUCUCAUCUAGUGCUGCUCACGUUUUCUUCUCGGCCGAUUCAUAUAAAUAUUAAAGACAAAUGAAGAAACUGAUCGAUAUCCAGAAUAAUGAGGUGGCUUUUUGCAGCUAUAUUUUUGGUUAUCAGCAUUCACCAUGUCUCUCCUACGGUGGUGAGAGGCGGCGCUGUGCUUCCCGCCGCUGCUUUUCUGUCACCAGCUUAUUAUCACAAAUCAUGUCCGAAUCUUGAAUCCAUAAUCGAUCAAAAAAUGAGGGCUUGGCUUAAAAGAGAUUACACUAUGGCUGCUAGCAUCAUUCGCCUCCACUUCCACGACUGCGCCGUCAGGGGUUGCGACGCUUCGGUGCUGCUAAACCACCCCGGCAGCGAGAGAGCCGCCGAGGCGAGCAAAACCCUGCGGGGCUUCAGCCUCAUCGACGAGAUCAAGGCCGAGGUCGAGAAACAAUGCCCCAAAACCGUCUCCUGCGCCGACAUCCUGACUGCCGCCGCCCGCGACGCCACCGUCCUGGCCGGCGGGCCCUUCUGGGAGGUCCCAUUCGGGCGGAGGGACGGGCGCAUCUCCCUGGCCAGAGAAGCCAACUCCGUUCCGCAAGGCCACGAGAACAUCACCCAACUACUGGGCCUCUUCGACAAACUGGGGCUCACCUUCGUGGACCUUGUGGUGCUGUCGGGGUCCCACACCAUCGGGAGAUGCAGCUGCCACGCCAUCAAGCAGCGCCUCUACAACUUCACCGGCAGCGGCAUGGCCGACCCCUCCAUGAACGCCAACUACGUCAAUGUUUUGAAGAAGCAGUGCCGCUCCGACGGCAGCUACGUGAAUCUGGACUUCUGGACUCCUCGGAAGUUCGACACGGCUUAUUACCGGAAUCUGGAGAAGAAGAUGGGGUUGCUGUCGACGGAUCAGCUGCUGCACUCGGACAUGAGAACGGGCAGCGUGGCGAGCUUGAUGGGGUCGCAGCCGGAGCUCUUUACGACGCAGUUUGCGGCGUCGAUGGUGAAGUUAGGGAAUGCUAAUGUGCUGACGCGGAAGGAGGGUGAAGUCAGAUUCAAAUGUAGCUCUCUCAAUUCUUAUUGAAUUAAUAUUCCUGCUUCUAAUAAGUUAUGAGUUUAUACCAA